AUGAUAGUUCAGAUGACAGUGAUUUUAAAGUUGGAGAUGCUUCAGGACUCGCUGAUUCUUGAGAAGAGUCAAAACUGGAGUUCUCAAAAAAUGGACCAUAUUAUGAUUUGCUGUGUUUGUCUUGGAGAUAAUAGUGAAGAUGCUGAUGAAAUAAUUCAGUGCGACAAUUGUGGCAUUACAGUUCAUGAAGGUUGCUAUGGAGUUGAUGGAGAGAGUGACUCUAUUAUGAGUUCAGCUUCUGAAAACUCCACUGAACCUUGGUUUUGCGAUGCCUGUAAAUGUGGUGUUUCCCCUAGCUGUGAACUGUGUCCUAAUCAGGAUGGAAUUUUCAAGGAGACAGAUGCUGGAAGAUGGGUUCACAUUGUUUGUGCCCUUUAUGUUCCUGGAGUAGCAUUUGGAGAUAUUGACAAAUUACGACCAGUAACACUAACUGAAAUGAAUUAUUCCAAAUAUGGUGCCAAGGAGUGUAGCUUCUGUGAAGACCCUCGUUUUGCUAGAACUGGAGUUUGCAUUAGCUGUGAUGCAGGUAUGUGCAGAGCCUAUUUCCACGUGACUUGCGCCCAGAAGGAAGGCCUGCUUUCGGAGGCAGCAGCAGAAGAGGAUAUAGCAGAUCCAUUUUUUGCUUAUUGCAAGCAACAUGCAGAUAGGUUAGAUAGAAAGUGGAAGAGAAAAAACUACUUGGCUCUACAAUCCUACUGUAAAAUGUCUUUACAAGAAAGAGAGAAGCAGCUAUCACCAGAAGCACAGGCAAGGAUCAAUGCCCGGCUUCAGCAGUAUCGUGCCAAAGCAGAACUAGCUCGAUCUACCAGACCCCAGGCCUGGGUUCCAAGGGAAAAAUUGCCCAGACCACUUACUAGCAGUGCUUCAGCCAUUCGGAAACUGAUGCGGAAAGCAGAAUUAAUGGGGAUCAGCACAGAUAUCUUCCCAGUGGACAAUUCAGAUACUAGUUCUAGUGUGGAUGGAAGGAGAAAGCAUAAGCAACCUGCUCUCACUGCUGAUUUUGUGAAUUAUUAUUUUGAGAGAAAUAUGCGCAUGAUUCAAAUUCAGGAAAACAUGGCUGAACAAAAGAAUAUAAAGGAUAAAUUAGAGAAUGAACAAGAAAAGCUUCAUGUGGAAUAUAAUAAGCUAUGUGAAUCUUUAGAAGAACUACAAAACCUGAAUGGGAAACUUCGAAGUGAAGGACAAGGAAUAUGGGCCUUACUGGGCAGAAUUACAGGGCAGAAGUUGAACAUACCGGCAAUUUUGAGGGCACCCAAGGAGCGAAAACCAAGUAAAAAAGAAGGAGGUGCACAAAAGACAUCUAUUCUUCCUACAGUACUUUAUAGUUGUGGAAUUUGUAAGAAGAACCAUGAUCAGCAUCUUCUUUUGCUGUGUGAUACCUGUAAACUCCAUUACCAUCUUGGAUGUCUGGACCCUCCUCUUACAAGGAUGCCGAGAAAGACCAAAAACAGUUAUUGGCAAUGCUCAGAAUGUGACCAGGCUGGGAGCAGUGACAUGGAAGCAGAGAUGGCCAUGGAAACUUUACCAGAUGGGACUAAACGAUCAAGGAGGCAGAUUAAAGAACCAGUGAAAUUUGUUCCACAGGAUAUGACUCCAGAACCCAAGAAGAUUCCAAUAAGAAACACGAGAACCAGAGGACGGAAACGAAGCUUCAUACCUGAUGAAGAAAAACAUGAGGAAAGAGUUCCUAGGGAGAGAAGACAGAGGCAGUCUGUGUUACAGAAGAAGCCCAAGGCUGAAGAUUUACGAACUGAAUGUGCAACUUGCAAGGGAACUGGAGACAAUGAAAAUCUUGUCAGAUGUGAUGAAUGUAGACUGUGCUACCAUUUUGGCUGUUUGGAUCCUCCUUUGAAAAAGUCUCCUAAACAAACAGGCUAUGGAUGGAUAUGUCAGGAGUGUGAUUCUUCAUCAUCUAAGGAAGAUGAAAAUGAAGCUGAAAGAAAAAAUAUAUCUCAGGAGCUCAGCAUGGAACAGAAAAAUCCAAAGAAAUAA